AUGGCGAAUACUCGGUAUCCUGACUCGGGAGUUAACAAGCUGCCACAGACCUACAAGAUACGCACACAAGAAUCGGCCUCGCCACCCUUAAUUACACUUUGCUACUGGGUAGCAAGGUCCACUGUGGCUGCAGCAAGUGGCGGGAUGUACAUUGCAUGGAGAGACUACCUGCUGCCUGCAUUUCUCAAUCUCCAUCUUCUGAUAAGGCGAGAUUUCGAAGAGAACACCAACGGAAGGACUCCUGUCACCAAUCGAUUAGGCUCCCAUAGGGAGAUCGCCGUGAAGAGAUGUGGACCUGAAGAUCCGUAUCACGCCUUUAACUUGCCACAACGAGCGAUCAUAUAUGCGACGGUGUCUUCACCAAGCAUUUCUGGAUCUGAGCUAGGACUGCCAAUCCGGAUGAUGAUCUACAUAUUUGGCCAAAACAUGCCAUGGCUAAUCGGGUCAGGGACCUCUGCACCAUGGUGGAUCAUGUGGGGAAUAUUGAAGCACUACCCAGAGAAUAGUUUCUAUGGUAUAAGGCUUAUUCUCCAUCCCAAUGGGGCGAACGUCGAUAAGGAGCAGAGGCAAGUUGGUCACGCAAGGAAUCCAUUACAGUCGUCAGUGCUACUACCCCUGCCUAUGUUAGAUGAUUCGUCUUACGCCUAUAAGAAAGGGAGCCACGAGAGGCCCACGGAACGGACAGCAAGGGCCGGAAUGCCAGACUCAUCUACUGUCUGGACGCGCGUUGUCUGCAAUGAUCUACUCAAUUUACCUGGUUUGUCUGUCUUCCCAGCGUGGCUGUCAAGCUACUUAUUGCCUUGA